UGAGAGCGAGGGGGCGUGGCUUGUAUGAAAAUGUCAGCAUGAGCCGUCCUGCUCCUCCUCGACUUGAAAAGUGCUGUCAGGGAGGAAAGUUGCGCCACACUAGUGGAAAGUCUUCAGUGGCGUGGACGCGACCACAGACGAUGCAAAGCUUUGCAAAGAUGGCCACUUUAGCAGCUUGUGGACUAUUCCUGGAUCCCAAACUAAAGACUUGCGCCCUGCCUGUAGACUUGUAGGGAGCUCCUCGUCUCAGAAGAAUGAAUGACGAAGGAAUGAGGACGUUGUACAUUAUCAUUGAAGUGGUCAUUGCUCUGUUCUCCAUCUCCGGCAACGUUUUGGUUUGCUGGGCUGUGGCCAUUAAUACCACACUAAAGAACGCCACCAACUAUUUUUUGGUGUCUUUGGCCGUGGCGGACAUCCUGGUGGGCUGCCUGGCAAUUCCUUUCGCUAUCACUAUCAGCAUCGGCAUCCGACUGGACUUUUAUGGCUGUCUCUUCAUGGCCUGUUUCGUUCUGGUUCUCACCCAGAGCUCCAUCUUCAGUCUACUCGCCAUCGCUAUUGACAGAUACCUGGCUGUUAAAAUCUCUCUCAGGUACAAUCAGUUGAUGACAGGAAAAAAAGCCAGAGAGAUCAUCGCUGUUUUAUGGAUCCUGUCCUUCGUCAUCGGGCUGGUCCCUUUCUUCGGUUGGAACAUCAAACACAGGAGUUGCAGGAAUGCCAACGCCACCACGGCGGACAACACUACGAACGGUCAACCGGAGGCGGGACCGAAAGGCGGCCAUUUACUACCCCGGAGUUGCAAGCUCGGAUGUUUCUUUGAGAGCGUGGUGGACAUGGAGUACAUGGUCUACUUUAACUUCUUUGUCUGCGUUCUGCUGCCGCUCCUCAUCAUGCUGGGCAUCUACAUGAAAAUCUUCACGGUGGCCAGGAUGCAGCUGAGGCAGAUUGAGCUCAAAUGCGUCUCCAACGGCGACAACCAUCAUCACAGCCUAUUGCAGCGGGAAAUCCGCGCCGCCAAAUCGCUAUCCAUCAUCGUGGGGCUCUUCGCCAUCUGCUGGCUGCCCGUCCAUAUCCUCAACUGCCUCACGCUCUUCUACAAGGAACUGGUCAAACCCAAAGAAGUCAUGUACGUAGCCAUCAUUCUAUCCCACGCUAACUCGGCCGUCAACCCCGUCAUCUACGCUUACCGCAUCCAAGACUUCAGAAAAACCUUCCGGAAGAUUCUGAAACGCCACGUGCUGUGUCGCAAAGAAGAGCUCUACGUCAGCUCCAACGGCAGCAGGCGCAACACAGAGCAGAUCCACAUGACUGUAGAUCCUCUCCUAUAGACUCGCCACUGUUUCCGCUGAAUGAUGUUUACACGAGCAGGGUAACACGCCUUGAGGGGGGGGGGGGUCGAACUUUUAUAACGUGAAGGCUUUGUCGUUGAGGUAACACUAACUGGAUGUAUCAGACUGCGAACGGGUCCCAAAACGUUCUAAAAAUGAUAUUGUUCAUAGUAAGCCCUGAUACAACUGCAACAGUCCUGUUUUUUUUUUUUUUUAUUUUAUGCUGCCAAAAGGUAGUUCAAGUGUUUAUUUAUUACAGUAAUGGAAUCUUCGUGAAUGUGAACAUUAAAAGUUUUGGUGAAUCUGGACCUCAAUAGGUAGAACCGAAGUACUUGCUGGGGUUAUUUCUGAUCACCUCCCCCGGCCCCUCCCUCUCGGAAAGUGUUGAACGUAAAAUCAUUGAUUGAAUCGUUGUGUCUUCAGCUGCUUCCUUUUGUAGGUCAACUGAGUCAAAAGGAGAUUAUUUAUGGAAUUUGUAUUUGUUAAAUUGGUAUAUUUGGGCUGGAAAUGACAAAAUGAAUUGAAGGAGAUUUUACUGCUUUUGGAAAAUGAUUCAUAUUCCAGACUAUGUCUUCCAAUAUUCUACCACUCGAGUAAUUUCCAGCCAAAAGUUCCCCCUACUCAACAAUUAUAAAUCUACUUGAAGGAUUUUAGGUAUAAUAAAUUAAACCACACCCAACGGUGAAGCUGCACUACUCUAUUCUCCUUUUCUUUUUUUUAUAACUGGGUGGUGUCAGCAGCCAACUGUGUUCCAACUCAAAACUAUUUUUCAUAGAUGAGGACCAGCGUCUGUUACAUGACAAGAACGUUAGCGGUGUUAAAAGUACAAGGCCAAAACAAAGAUGGCGCUCGCUUGUUUAAUGUCAAUUGCUUUGGCUGAUGUUCUCGUCUGACUGAUUUCAAAGGGCUAAAUAAAUAUACAGGAGUGUGUCAACAUUCCAAUGGAGACAUCUAUACUGUAACUGCACUGUCAUGCGUUGUCUUAGUCGACUGGCGUGUAAUACGUACUGUAAAUGUCAUGCUAUUUGUUUUUGUGACAUAACCAAGAUCGGAAAGGAUCCCCGACCUACAGCAACUGUUGCUUUCGUGUCUUUAUUCAAAGUUUGGGUGCAAUCUGUACGUAUUUACUGUCAAAUAUUUUGUGAAUAAAAAUUUAUAUCGUA